CAUCAUAAAGGGAUUGGACGAUUUUGUUUCUUCAUCGUGUGGUUUUUCGUAUUUGGUUGAGAUCCGAUAAUUGACGGAAGCAAAACAAUUAAAUAAUCACGAUGAAUGCAUUACGUUUAAUUUGUCAACGAAAUAUUCGCCAAGUGCGUCAGUUUCAUAAAUGCGCUAUUCAACAAACAGAAGUAGCAGCAGCUACAAGUAGCACUCCGGUAACAUCCAGCGAGGUCCCCACUACUAAAAAAGAACCAGAAGUUAGUUCUAAAAUAGAACAUAUUGCUAGUCAGAUCGUUUCUUUGAACCUUAUAGAAGUAGCGCAGUUAAGCGACUUAUUAAAAGUAAGAUUAAACUUACCGGAUGCACCUAUGAUGCCCAUGGGUGGUUUUGUUGCUCCAGCUGCAGCUGAGGAGGAAGCUGAUGAACCUCAAGUAGUACAGACUGCAUUUACUGUUAAAUUAGUAGGAUUUGACAAUGCAAAAAAGGUUGCUUUAAUAAAAGAAAUAAAAAAUACAUUACCAGAUUGUAAUCUUGUACAGGCUAAGAAAUUUGUUGAAAGCACACCUGCAGUAAUCAAAGCUGAUAUUCCAAAGGAAGAAGCAGAGGCUCUGAAAGAUGUUAUUGUAAACGCUGGUGGACAAGUUGAAAUUGUAUAAAUUAUCUUAUGUAAAUAUAUAUUUGAAACUUCACUGAAGAA